AUGGUAGAAUACACUUUUACAAAACAAAUCUUUGCAUUCCUAUUUCCUGGAAGCCCCCGUGUUAAUUCUAUCCUUGCUACAUUUUAUAUUUCAUCUAUACCAAAUUUUAUUCUUUACUUUGUUCCACCGGAUAUUAAACCAUCCUCAUUAAAUUCGCUUGUUAGUUUCGCAGUUGGUGGUCUUUUAGGUGAUGUGUUUCUUCACUUAUUACCACAUUCAUUUUUAGGUGAAACCUUUGAUGAUGAAGUUCAUUUUGUUCAAGUUGACAAGCAAAAAAAUGUAAUUAUUGGUUUAGCAAUAUUUGUUGGCUUUACCACAUUUUUUUUUAUUGAUAAAUUGAUGCGUGUGGUAAAUGGAGGAGAAGGUGGUCAUUCACACAAUCAUAAGGAAGAUAUCCAUAAUGAUAAUCAUGACCAUAAAGAUUCUGGAUCAAGUACAUCUUUUAAUUCAAGUAAUAAUGAUUCAACACUUCGUCAACGAAAAUCUACCAUCGAGGAAGAGAUUACGGACGACAAACCUGAGACUAGGACACCAUCUAACAGUAUUAAAUUAUCAGCUUAUCUAAACUUAUUUGCAGAUUUUACACAUAACUUUACAGAUGGACUUGCCAUGGCAGCAUCAUUUUAUUCAUCACCCAGUAUAGGUGCAACGACUACAGUUGCAGUAUUUUUUCAUGAGAUUCCACAUGAAAUAGGAGAUUAUGCUAUUUUGAUACAAAGUGGGUUCACCAAAAGACGUGCAAUGCUUUCACAAUUCAUAACAGCUAUUGGGGCAUUUCUUGGAACUAUUGCUGGAAUUAUGAUUGAAGAGCUUGGCCGUGGACAUCAUGAAACAGAAAAUUUACCAUUAUUCGCAACAGGAAAUUCAUCAUUACCCGUAACAGAAGAUUUAUCAUUAUUUAAUGAGUCUGGGAUAUGGGGAACUGGGGUUGUUCUAGGUGAUUUAGUUAUUCCGUUUACUGCAGGUGGAUUUCUAUAUAUCGCAACUGUUGGUGUGAUCCCUGAAUUACUAGAAGUUACAGGAAAAUUUGUUAAGGAUCUCAGACAAGCAAGUAUCGAGUUUUUGACAAUGUUUAUCGGUGUUGGGAUGAUGGCGAUUAUUGCAUGGAAUGAGUGA